UGAGCUGGGAACGUCAUUUCCUGUCCUCUCUCUCUGACGUCAUCAGUCUGCGACCUAAACCCGGAAGCGCUGCUAGGAGACGCCAUGCACCGCGUCCCUUUCCCCAAACCCGGGAGUCUCAUCGUCCCCGACUGGCAGCAGAGCGAGGAGGGGAGAGACUACCUGAGCUGCGUCCUACGGAAGAGGAAACGGCGGCUGUUCGGUCUCAUAGAGCAGCCGGUGUUGCCUCCGCAGCUUCCUUCUGACGUCGCCAGCUACAAAAUUUUUGUUUUUGGAAAAAGUGGAGUUGGGAAAACGGCUCUGAUCGCCAAACUGUGCGGACUGGAGGUUCCCGGCACGCACCACGAGACAACCGGAAUCCAGACCUCUCGUGUGUACUGGCCCGUCCGUCCCCGGGACAGCCAGCGCCCAAUCAUCUUCUGCUUCCAGUUCUGGGAUUGUGGUGAAUCCUCGUUAAAGAAGUUUGAUCACAUUCUGCUGGCCUGUAAGGAGAAGGCCGACGCCCACCUCUUCCUCUUCUCUUUCACCGAUCGCUCGUCGUUUGAGGACGUCCCGGCGCUGAUUUCCCGCACGCUGAGCCAGGAGGAGGACGCGGCCCGGGUGGUGAUCGGCACCAAAUUCGAUCAGUUCAUGCACACGGACGUCACGGAUCAGGACAUCAGCGACUUCCAGCAGACGUGGCAGCUGCCGGUGAUGCGGGUGAGGAGCGUGAACGGGCCGCGGCUCGGCGACGGGAUCAGUCUGGACGGUCGGGCGGAGUUGUCGGACGCGGCUCCGGUGCUGAACGGCCUGGCGGAGAUCCUGUGGCACCGCGACCAAUUGAUGGCGGGACUGAUCGCCAUCGAUGUCUGAUCGCCGCGCUCCCG